AUGGAUACAGUAUUCGGGGAGGACAUUGGUAAAAUAGUCGAAGUAUAUAUGGAUGACCUCGUCAUCAUGAGCCACGAAGAGGAAACAAUGCUCGCAAAUAUUCAGCGUGUGUUCGAUUAUUUGCGAAGUGUGAACUUAAAGCUUAACCCAACAAAGUGUUCCUUCGGAAUGGAAGAAGGAAAAUUUUUGGGUUUUAUAGUAACAAGAGACGGUUUUAAAGUAAACCCUGAGAAAGUGCAAGCCAUCCAGCUGAUGCCAUCACCUGCAAUAGUAAAAGAGAUGCAAAGGCUUGCAGGACUAUUAGCAGCCUUGAAUAGUUUCUUGGCAAAUCACGCUGCAAAAUCUUAUCCAUUCAUUAGCACACUACACAAUUGCGACAAGAAGAGCCACUUCCAGUGGACACCAGAAGUGGAAACGGCCUUCAAGCAAAUGAAGGAAUGUUUAAUUCAGCUGCUGACGCUGACAGCACCACGAGAAAAGGAACCGCUGAUCUUGUAUUUAUCCGCUGUAGAAGUAGCGGUUGGUGCAGUAUUAAUGGUGGAACGGGAGAAUAUUCAGACCCCAAUAUAUUAUAUCAGCAAGAUGCUCACCGGCCCAGAGACGCGCUACUCGAUGAUAGAAAAACUGGUUCUCGCUCUAGUACAUGCAUCACGACGCCUACGCCGGUAUUUCUCUGGUCAUGUUAUCACAAUUCUCACCAAUUACCACUUAGGGCAAAUCCUGUCAAAACCCGAUGUCGCCGGGAGAUUAGCUAAGAGGGCUAUUGAGCUGGGAGGAUACAAUAUCUUAUAUAGACCGCGACCAGCAAUCACAGGGCAAGUUUUAGCAGACUUCGCCACAGAAGGUCCCAUAGACAAAGUGCAGGAAUGUGAAGCAAUCCAAAACCCUGUUCCUGUUUUCGACGACAAGGUCUGGACUCUGCACACAGAUGGGGCUUCUAAUGACGAUGGAGCAGGCACGGGCCUCCGAUUGGUCAGCCCAGAUGAUCACGAACUUACAUAUGCGAUACGCUUGGAUUUCCGGAGCACAAACAACGAAGCAGAAUAUGAAGCGUUCCUAGCAGGCCUCCGUUUAGCACUUAAAAUGGGAGCGCAAAAUCUUAAAGCUAACGUUGAUUCAAAACUGGUGGCCGAGCAAGGUAACGGGCACUACGAUGCGAAAGGUGAAGCUAUGGCGUUAUAUCUGGAACAAGCGAGGAUGCUUAUCUGCCAAUUCCAAACGUUCAAAAUAAAUCACAUAAACAAAAGCGAAAACAAUCAUACGGAUGCACUAAGAAAAUUGGCUGCCACCAACUUCAGACAUCUAGCAAAAGAGGUGCCCAUCGAGGUAUUGUCCAAUCCUUCCGUCCCUCUCAAACAAGUAAACAUCAUAGAGAUCGGCAACCCAUCUUGGAUGUCCCCGAUCAUCAUGUACCUGCAGCAUGGCAAACUUCCGGAAGGAAAGGCAGAAGCUAGGAAAAUCCAGAACAAGGCAAUAAACUAUGAGAUGGCGGACGGAAUUCUAUACCGAAAGUCAUUCAUGGGACCACUCCUGCGCUGUGUUGACAAAACAGAUGCGCAAUACUUAGUCAGGGAAAUCCAUGAAGGCUUAUGUGGGAUACACGCCGGUCCGCGCAUGGUAGUAGCAAAAAUCAUGAGCGCAGGCUACUAUUGGCCGGGGAUGUAUGUGGACGCGGUAAAAUUACUACAAAAAUGCGCAUCUUGUCAGCAUCACGCGCCAAAAACCCUCCGUCCAAAAAAUCCACUCGUAUCGGUCACAUCCGCCUGGCCCUUCCAGCAAUGGGGCAUCGAUCUUGUUGGCCCAUUCCUUGACGCGCCUGGCGCGGUAAAAUUCAUUAUCAUAGCAGUAGACUAA